UAAACGUUACUAAACAGCUGAUGGUUCGCUCCAGACAGACAGCCUAAGGAUAUGAGGCUGCAUUUUUUGUUAUCUCUUUCCACAAUACAACCAGUUUCCUGCCACAGAGCCUCUAGCUCUCCGCUGAUGGCAGCUGAUAAUUGGUAGCCGCGGUCUGCUGUCUGAGCCACAGUAGUUUGUGCCUUGCACCUGGGACCUGCUGAUAGAAAGCGGAAGACGGGGGCAAAAAGCUUUGCUCGAAGACGGGACUUUCACUUUACAAUUCCUCCAGCAAGACUGCUUUUCCAAGUAACGUGGGAUGCUAGAAGAAUAGGAUCUUUUGCAUACAUGUCACUAGCCACAGGACCUGAGUAUGUCCAGUGAUCACUUCAACACCACAACACUGGAUGAUGCUGGAAUUAAAGACCUGUUUUUGGUAAAAGCUGAAUUGGAAUUUGUCCAGAUCAUUAUCAUAAUCGUGGUCAUAACGGUAAUGGUAGUUGUGAUUGUCUGCCUUUUGAAUCAUUAUAAACUGUCUACGUGGUCCAUCAUUACCAGACAAAGCCAAAGUAGAAGACAGGAAGAAGCCCUACAGCCGGAAAGGUGUUUGUGGCCUUCAGAUAACUUAGAGUCACGACAAGGAGCGUCAGAGAUCAUGUAUGCAUCAAGGUCAAGAGACAGAUUCACGACUCCUUCCUUUAUGCAGAGAGAUCGUUUUAGUCGCUUCCAGCCAACAUAUCCUUACAUUCAGCAUGAGAUUGACCUUCCACCUACUAUUUCCCUGUCUGAUGGAGAGGAGCCUCCACCCUACCAGGGUCCAUGUACUCUGCAGUUACGAGAUCCAGAACAGCAGAUGGAACUAAACAGGGAAUCUGUCAGAGCGCCUCCAAACAGGACCAUUUUUGACAGUGAUUUGAUAGAUAUAUCAAUGUACAAUGGGGGUCCCUGCCCACCCAGCAGCAAUUCGGGCAUCAGUGCAACCAACUAUAGCAGUAAUGGCCGAAUGGAAGGGCCACCACCAACCUACAGCGAAGUUAUGGGACACUAUCCAGGGUCAACGUAUUUCCACCACCAGCAAAAUAACACCUCUCCUUCUCAGACGGAUAGUAGACUUGCGUUUCAAGCAAAUGAUCCAGAGAGCACAAUAGUACCUGUCAAAGGAAAAGACAAACAGCCAGGGAACCUUGUGUGAAUCCUCCCAACCUGCACUUACUCCACAGUUAGGCAAGAGGUCAUCAUGGUUGUCUCAUGACUUCCGCAGCUCAAGUAUCCAAUGCGUUUGAGUUUCAAGUGGUACAAGUUAAACCAAAUGCACAUAUUAAUGUAUGCUUAUUCUGAUACCAGUCAGAGGAAAGCAUGCAAUGGUUUGAAUGAUAUACACGUCCUUUCUGUUAUCUUCAUGAUUUGUUUCAGAAGAAUAAUUUUUAUAUUAUCAUAUUUCAGUUAUUUAAAUUUUGCAAGAUCUUGGCACAAAACUCAAACUUUGCAGAGCUUAUUUUAUACUGACAUUGAUGACAGUCACAUAGAACAAGUAAGUGUUAACUUAGAAGUGCUAUGGUGUUUUAGGGAGAUGGCCAGUGUUUGUGGUAGGGAAUGUGUAGGUGCAGUGCUAAAUAUUUAAUAGAAAUCUAUACCAUAUUCCAGGUGUAUGUGCCAUUGUAUACAGUCUAUGAAAUGAGUGAAUGAAAUUAAUGAAUGUGCAGAGUAUUAAAUGUUUUAGGGCUAAAUUCACUAAAUUGCAGUAACAGACUUCAACAAACGUUAAGUAAAAUAGUACCCUUGCAA